AUGGCAGGGUUGCACUCCGUUCCUAAACUCUCGGCCCGGCGACCGGAUUGGGAGCUACCGGAGCUUCAUGGCGACCUGCAGCUCGCACCCCUCGACCCCCUACACAAUAACACGGAUCGGAUCAAGUGCCCUAAAUGCGGCCGCUCCCGAGCCCAUUACUGCUAUGACUGCCUGCAGCCCCUGGUCCCCUUCCCGAUCGUGGAGCUGCCGUUCCGCGUGUCCAUUGUCACCCACCACGAAGAGAAGCCCUCCAAGAACACCGGGGUGCAGGUGGCGCUGCUGGCGCCCGGGCAGGUGGACCUGCACAGUAUGAGCCAGGUGCCGGACGAUGUGGACCCCUCCCGCUGCGUGGUGCUGUUCCCCAGUGACACGGCGCUGGAGGUGGAGCAGCUGGAACCUGAUUCCAUUGACCGGCUGUUCAUCAUCGACUCCAGAUGGAAGAAGGCGGGGGCCCUCAUGCGCACCGAGACGUUCCGCUCCAUGUGCGCGGUACGACUGAGCCACACCCGGUCCGCCUUCUGGCGCUUCCACACCAGGGGCGUGUCUGACGAGGGGGUGUGCACUGUGGAGGCCCUCUACUUCUUCCUGGAGGCGCUGGUGAAACAUGGCAAACUGAGCGACCCACGGUUCACUGCGCCACACACGUUCGACAACCUGCUGUGGUAUUUUGUGUACCAGCACCAGGUGGUGCAGCAGGCGGCACUGAAGAGGCUGCAGGAGCGGGGCACAGCAGAGUUGCUGGGACAACAGCCGCAGCAGCAGGAGGGCCCUGGGCGCGCAGACACGGAACAGGGUCAGGACCAGCCUCACCAGCAGAAGCCUCAACAACAGCAGCAGCGGAAAGGUCAAACAAAGCAGCAGCAGCAGCAACAACAAAAACAAAAACAAAACCCGAUGCGACAAACCCAGAAGCAGAACGAGCAACAACAGCAAAAAAAAACGCAGAAGCAGCAGCAGCAAGGACAGGGGCAGGGGCAGGGUGACGGGCCCCUCACGAAUCUGGGAGGGGUGGGUGGACCGGAGGUAAGCGGCAUCUCAGAGUAUGGCGGUGCCAACACGCUGGCCGCCCGGAAGGGGCCAGCAGGUAACGGAGGUGACGGCACAACCGGUGGAAAGCAGCAGCAGCAGCAGGUGCUGCCCAGUGGUGACCAGCCCGAGGAGAGCAGGCGACAGCUGCACGCAGCGGAGGACGCGGCGGUGGCGGUUGUUGCAGGUCCAGCCGGUAGGGAGGGAAAAGGUGAAGCUGGCGGGGGAGUGGUGCGUGAGGACGAGGAGAUUCGGUGCGGGCCCAGCGGCAUUGGGCCAGCGGCUGCUGGGGUAUGGGAGGCUGGGGCGCCAGGAGCUGUACACGGCGAUGGAUCCCGCAACGACGGCGGCGAUGUGGAUGAUGCGGAAGGUUCUGGAUCCACCACACUCCAAUCCGGGUGGGCCGACAGCCGCGUCCUUCCGCACCCCUUCGCCAGCAGCAACAGCAGCAGCCUGCAGGUUUCCCUGGAGCUGCCACCGGGGCAGUUCACCUCCCCAGGCACUCUGCCCCUGCACUCGCCCGCCACAUCGGCUCCGAUGACCGCCACCUCAGCUGUGCCCCAGCCCCAGCCCCAGCCUGAGACGCUGGCAGCUGUUCCGGGGGUGCGCGGCGUCAGCUGCGUGAUCGUUGACGGGCAGCCAUCGCUGGGGUUGUCGCCGCCGGCUGCCGGCGGCGGCCGCGGCGCGUCUGCAUCAGGUGCUGCCCUCCCGCUGCUGCCGCAGCCACCGCUGGGUUCCGGCGGAGUGCUACAGCUGGCGGCGCCGGCCGCUGGUGCUGCUGCUGCUACGGGGCCGACAGCGGCGGCGACGGCGACGGUGCAAGGCAGCUCAGCCCCGGCCGAGCUGACAGCGCCAACAUGCGCUUCGCUCCCCGCACUCUGCUUGCCGGCGGUAGCUAGCGAUGUAUGCGGGCUCGCGCCAGUUCCGUCGGGCGCCAGCGGCGGUGGCGGUAGCGGCGGCAGAGUUGGUAUUGACAGCCACCACGCCACUGGACAACCGGCCGCAGCUGGCGGCGGUGCGGCGGUGGUGGCGGCGGGUGUGGCGAUGCCGCCACAACAGCAGCACCCUAACCCCGCACCGCCUCAGCAUUCCGGGGGCUUGUCGCUGCGCCGGAUAAAGCCCGUGGCGGCGGCGAUAGAUUUGCACUGCGCGUUAGCGGCGCGCAAGGAACAGCACCCGGUGCCGCCUCCGCCGCCACAUCCGCAGCCGCAGCAGCAGCCGCUUCUCCAGUCGCCAAGCAGCGCCAUCUGCGAUGCAAGCACCAGCGGUCGACCCGGGCCUUAUGUCCCGCAAUGCGGCUUAGCUGGCGGGUCAUCAGUUCUGCCGAUAGCGCCGGCAGUGGAGGGCGUCCCGUCCGCCGCCGCCGCUGGCCCCGCCCAUAGCGGCAGCGCCGACGGCGCCCCCGCCGCAAGUGCACGUGCCGCCGUUGCUGUUGGAUUGAGCGCCGGCGUCGACGGUAUGAAGGGCAUGAACGCCGCGCACAGCACGAUGCAGCAACUGCCGCCGCAGCAAGCGGAUGGUGGGUCCAACGAAACGGCCGGCGAAGGCCAGGUACUUUGGGCGCCGACCGCCGCGGUCAACACGACCGCGGAUACGGCUCCGUGGGCCGGCGUGGUGUCAUCGGGACACAUGGGGCCUUACCCGGGGGGAAGGGCCGAUGCCGUCGGCGCCAGCGGCAGUGGGGGCGGCGGCACCGCCACCACCUUUACAAUAGGUUGCAACCUGUUGCAGCAGGGGACGGGGACGACGACGGCGCUGCCGUGCACGUACGGUUCCCAGGCCCGAGCGAGCGGUGGCGGCGGGGGACCCGACGCUGGCGGCGGUGGCGGCGGCGGAUUGGUACCCACCGAUUGCGUCGGGCCGCCGGCUGGGGCGCCCAUCCUGUCUGGGCGGGCCUCGGACCCCGGGGUGAGCUCUUUUCCACAGCAGCAGCAGCAGCAGCAGGUGGUGCUACUGCCGCCGGGUGAAUCUGCCAGCGCAAGUCCGGCUGUCAAGAGCUCAGCACACAAAGCCAUUGCAGCCAUCCCCGUGUCCUUGCAGCAGCAGCAGCAGCAGCAGCAGCUGGCUGGCGGCAGCACCUCUGGGGGGGCCAUUGCAGAUCGGUUCUUAGCGUCCUUGGUUCUGCCCGGUGUCGGGGGGCUGACACCGCCCACAGAGCCCGCAUCCGGCGGCUUUUCGCUGCCCGCGGAAGCGGCACAGGAGCCCCCGCACCCGCAGCUGCAGCCGCAACACCUGCCACAACCGGUGGCGGCGGCGGCGGCUGCACCUCAGCCGCAGCCGCUGCUUUUUCCCCCGUCCCUCGGGAUCCCUCCGUUUAGCCCGGCAGCGCUCCAGCUUAUGGCAUUUAGUCAGAUGGGUCAAGCUGUCGCAGCUACUGCUGAGCAUCAACAACAUCAUCAGGCGCUGCAGUCUGAUCAGCAGCAGCAGCAGCAGCAGCAGCUAGCACAGCUGCAGCAGCACCACCAGGCAGCCGCCGCUCUCAGCCUCAUGCAGCACAUGUGGCAGGCUCCGUUUGGUUUGGUGAUGCCACCGGGCAUGAUGGGGAUGGGGAUGGUGCCGGGGAUGAUCUGGCCGCCAGGGCAGAUGGGCCUUACGCCUGCGGCAAUGCCGACGCCUGGCGGGCCUCUGAACCCGGCGGCGGCGGCGGCGGCUGCCGCGGCCGCGGCGGCGCAGUUCCCCGCGCUGUUCAACCCGGCCAUGAUGUUACCGGCGUUGGCGCCGUUUGCGCUGCCGUUGCAAGCCGCGGCGACGGCGGCGGCAGCGCAGCAGCUGCAGCAGCAACAACAGCAACAGCAGCAACAGCCUGCCGCCACCGUCGCCGCAGUCAAUGCCGCCAUCAGCGGUAGAAGUACUGCAGGUAACGCUGGCAUGACGGCGGCGGCGGCGGCAGUUCCCCCAGCACUUGUCAAGGGCUCAUCGAGGCCGACCAAGAGCGCUGUGAAGACGGAGGCGGCGGCGUCUGUCAGGGGAGCCUCCGCGACCCAGGAACCUGCAGUACAGAAACAGCAACAGCCGCAGCAGCCAGGCGGCACGACGAGCUGCGUCGGUCCGGAGGCCGCUGUGCGCGCCCCGCCCACACGGUGUCUAACUCCGCUGGUGCCGUCGGCACUUCCGUCAGCAGCGGCGGCGACGACAGCGGCAGCGGCAGCGGCACACCCUCUGGUUGUCCAGCAGGUCCGACCGGAUUUUACGGCCUUUGCUGGAGCGCCAGCGUUUUCGGCAGCGGAGGCGGAUUCACGGCCAGGUCCUCCGCCACAGACGGAGGCAGACGACGGAGGCGGCGUGUUGGCGGCGCCAGCGGCCGCGAACUGUCGCCGCGGCAACACAGCCGCGGGGGCUGCAACCCGCGAUGGCGCCAGCGGUGACGGCAACAAGGAUAACUCCGCGGUUGGUGCGGCGGAUGCGGACGCAGAGGCGGAGGUUGAGGUGGCGAAGAAGGCGCCGAGAUCCCUGCCAGGAUUGGAGGUGACGCGGCUACAGUCGUUCGCCAGUGCCGAUCUAGUGGUGGUGGAUGCGUUGCAGCUGCUGGCCGCGAGUCCGCCGCCCAGCCCGCACCGGGAGAGACGCGCGUCGGGGACCUCGGGUGCGAGCGUUACGACGGCUGGCGGUGGCGGGGGCAGCCGCCGCUCAUCCGACGGUGGCGGCGCCGCCGGCGCCGCCGCUGGGAUAGGCCCAACGGCUACGGCUGAUGCCGACACGACGACGUCAGGCCGCCCGCACACGGUACCAGCUCGUCGCAUGUUUGAGCUGCCGGACCCUGUGCCCGUCAAGCGGGAGCCGCCGCAGCCGCAGUCGGGGGCAGCCGGGCUCACCAGCGCAGCGGGGCAAGGGCCUAGAGCUGCAGUGACGAGUGCAGGGGAGGUACGGGGCCCUGCAGCCACCAUACCGGCUUCAGCCCGCUUGCCUUGGCUGGCUACGUCACCAGCACUGCCGCUGCCGCCGCGGGCUGCCGCGGCGGCGGCCGGUACGUUGGAUCGACAGCGGCUGCUGCACCUGGCGGCAGUCGGCGCGGAGAAGGUACGGCGGCGGGCAUCGGGGCAAGGCGGCAGCGGCGCAAGCCUGGUGGGCUUGGAAGCGGCGGCGACCGGCGUUGCGGACGGAAGGGAAGACGAGCCGCAGCUGGCGCUGCCGCCGGGUGCUAGGCGUCCAAAGACGCGCCUGGCCCGCGCUGCGGCGGCGCCUGGCGGCGCCUUCCUCGCAGUCAUACUCGAGGCGACGGAGGCCGCCGCGGCUGCAUCCGCCGCCGAUGCGGAGAUUGGUGGCGACGGUGAGGAGAUGGAGACGCACGCAGGUGCCGUGGCGACGGCCCAGGGGCUGGGCUUGGGUCACUCUCGGGCUCCUGUCGUCGCGGGCAGCCAACCACUUUCCGCCGCCGCCGUCGCCGCCAUCGGUGCCGGCCGAAGUGCGCGGCGAAGCACGGGCAGCGGCGGCGGCGGCGGCACCCGGAAGGUCCAGUGGGCGACGAGCGAAGAGGCUCCAUUCGGCUCCAUGCGUUCCGCGGCGACCGCGGGUGCGGAGGAGGAUGAGGGUAUGGUACAGGGAGGGGAAGAGGAGGACGUGGGGGAGGAGGAUGGAGAAGAGCUAGAGGAGGUGGCAGCGGCACGCGGUGUACGGCAACGGUCACGGCGCUGGCGUCACCCGGCGGCAGCAGCGGCCGGCAGCGACGGUGGCGGCGGCGGCGAAGGCGACGAGGACGACAGUGAUGAGGAUUACAAUCUGGGGAGGGAGGCGCGGCGCCGCGCACGGGGAGCGCGGCGCGGUGGCGGCGGCGCUGGCGGAGCUACUGCAAGUGUGUUUGCCGCUGCGCGCCGCGCUGCACGCGGCGGGGGCGGCGGCGGCAGCGGCGGGUCUGCCGUCGACAGCGACGACGGGGAAGGCGGGUUAACAUCGGAUGACCCAGCUCACGGGUACACUGGCGACGGCGACGACGACACAGCUACUGCGGAAGGAGCCGCGGCGGCGGCGGCGGCGGCAAGGCGCCGCCGUAGCGGCCAUGGGCGGCCGCCGGGCGCCGGCAACCUACGGAAAAUGAAGCCACGGCGGCUGCAGUCAGACGGUCGUCUGGGGUUCGCAAUGCGCUCGUCCAGGUACACAGGCGUUUACCGCACCCCCGGCGGCCGCUGGCGAGCGCAGUUCUGCUACCGCGGUGCCGUACACCAGCUUGGGAUGUACGACACGGAGCGCGAGGCGGCUGCAGCUUGGGACCAGGCGGUGGUGACGUUUCGAGGCAGCUCCUCGGGUGUGCAGCUCAACCUGCCGCAGCUGCUCAACUCGUACGACUUGCAGAACGUCCGGGAGCACAUUCAUCGCAUCCUGGACUCCAAGAUCGCCACCACGCGUACCAAGCGCUGCCUGAACUCCUACGCGCGGAACCCGCCGGGGCCCAAGAGCCCCUCCAGGGUGGUGCCGGCGGCGGUGAUUGAGAACAUCACGACGGAGCCGGGUACGGAGGACGGGGGAGACGUCCAGCUGUACGACGGCGGCGGCGAUGCCGCCGCAAGCGGCCACGUGGAUCUGUCCGGUUUACCAGCAGCAGCGGCGGCGGCGGCGGCCGGUGGUGGUGGUGGUGGCGUAGGUGAGGUUGGCAGCAGUCAGGGCCGCGUACGGACCGCGACGGCCGCAGCCGGUAGGGCGUGUCGGCGGCGCCGUAGCCCUAGCCCCAGCGGCGACGGUGGACCGGACGACAGUGGUGGCGACGGCGCUAGCGGCAGUACGGCAGGUGGGUGCAGGGCGGCACGGAAACGGGCGCACCAUGACGUUGGCGGAGGCGGCGGUGGCGGUGGUGCUGUGCUUGGGAAUAGCUCGGGCGGGCUGCAACCUCACACAGCAGCCCAGGACAACACGGCCGGGGGGCAGCAGCUGCUGCUGCAAGCGCAGCCUCAGCGGCUCGGAGCAUUGCCGGUGGGCGAUGCGGCGCUGCUGGGGCUGGCGGCGCUGCGCCGUCACCUUCCGCUGCCGCCGCCACCUUCAGUUGCCGCCGGUGCGGCUGCCGACACGGCGUCCCUACCGCCGCCGCCGCUCCGAAGCCACGACCUCGCUGGUGGCGACGUCACUGCCGCUGCCACAACCGAUAUCGCCGCUACCGCUGCCGCAGUCGCUACAGAUGCCGCGGUUGCAGCAGCGUCUGCGGCGGCAGCAGUAGAUGACGUCCUGCCGCCAAGCAAGCGCUCGUCAGAAACCACAACGACGGCGGACGCCGCCGCCGCCGCCGCCGCUGCCGCUGCCUCCCUCGUCCAGCCGUCGACCCAUGAGCCGUGGGACGUCGAGGGUCCCGCCGUGUCCAAGGUCGCAGCGGAGGCUCAGCACCGCAGCAGCAGCAGCGGCGGCGGGGAGGGGGGUGACGCCACCGGGGCCCGGUCGGGCCGGGCCGCCUCGCCCAAACGCCGCAAGAGCCUUGCCAUCCGCUCCAGAGACUACUGA